AUGCUGGAGGACCAGAAGCGUAAAGUCCACAAUUUGCGUCGGCGUCUGCAGGAAAAACGGCGGAAGGAAAUAUGGCGUGAUUUCAGUCGAAAACAGGCGGUAAUUGACAUUAAAAGACAGCUGACCGAUGGAGCUGUCAGUGACGAGCCCGCGCGCGAGGUAUUACGGAAAGAAUUUGCAGUUCCACCGGCGCAGAUUCUUCUCGUGGAGACGUUCUUCACUUGGCCCACCACCGAUUCAUUAGAGGACGAGUGGACACGGUGCAAUAAAGCCGUUGCUGCUGGAAUACAAUACUGCGGUUUUUAG